ACUAGCGCCAAUUUGAAAAGCCCCGCGCACCACGCCGCAAAAUCAACCAUCUUCUCUUUCAUCUUCUUCCUCUUCUUCUUUUCCUCCACUCCUCCCUACUGCAAAAACCGAGUCCUUGUGAUUCUUCACAUCUCUUCCUUAUUAAAAUUUCCCUCACCGCAACGAUAUCAGACCCCACCAUUAUCAUGUCUGCACCAGCAUCCAAGUUCAAGGUCGCAGACCUCAGUCUUGCAGCCUUUGGCCGCAAGGAGAUCGAGCUCGCUGAGAAUGAGAUGCCAGGUUUGAUGGCCACUCGUGCCAAAUACGCCGACGAUCAACCAUUGAAGGGUGCUCGCAUUGCUGGAUGUCUUCACAUGACCAUUCAAACUGCUGUUCUUAUCGAGACCUUGACAUUCCUUGGUGCUGAAGUUACGUGGUCGUCGUGCAACAUUUUCUCGACCCAGGAUCACGCAGCUGCUGCAAUCGCUGCUGCAGGUGUCCCUGUUUUUGCCUGGAAGGGUGAGACCGAAGAAGAGUAUGAAUGGUGCUUGGAGCAACAGCUUGUCGCUUUCAAGGGUGGCAAGAGCCUGAACUUGAUCCUUGACGAUGGUGGAGAUCUUACUGCUCUCGUUCACAAGAAGUACCCCGAGAUGCUCAAGGGCUGCUAUGGUGUAUCAGAAGAGACCACCACUGGUGUUCAUCACUUGUACAGAAUGUUGAAGGGCAAGGGUCUUCUCGUCCCAGCCAUCAACGUCAACGACUCCGUCACCAAGUCGAAGUUCGACAACUUGUACGGUUGCCGCGAAUCAUUGGUCGAUGGUAUCAAGCGUGCUACCGAUGUCAUGAUCGCUGGUAAGGUUGCCGUCGUUGCAGGUUACGGUGAUGUCGGAAAAGGUUGUGCUAUGGCUCUUCACGGAAUGGGUGCUCGUGUCAUUGUCACUGAGGUUGAUCCCAUCAACGCUCUUCAAGCUGCUGUCUCUGGUUACCAAGUCACCACCAUGGAGAAGGCUGCUAGCCAAGGUCAAAUUUUCGUUACCACCACUGGUUGCCGAGAUAUCUUGACUGGUGAGCACUUCGAGAAGAUGCCCAACGAUGCUAUUGUCUGCAACAUUGGACAUUUCGAUAUUGAGAUCGACGUUGCCUGGUUGAAGAAGAACGCUGCCAGCGUACAAAACAUCAAGCCCCAAGUCGAUCGUUUCCUCAUGAAGAACGGCCGCCACAUCAUCCUGCUUGCUGAGGGACGUCUCGUUAAUUUGGGAUGUGCCACUGGUCACUCUUCAUUCGUCAUGUCUUGCUCAUUCACCAACCAAGUUCUUGCACAAAUCAUGUUGUACAAGUGCGAGGAUGCUGCUUUCGGCCAAAAGUAUGUCGAGUUCGGCAAGACUCAAAAGCUUGAGGUCGGUGUCUACGUUCUGCCAAAGAUCUUGGACGAGACUGUUGCCAAGCUUCACUUGGCUCAUGUCAACGCCGAGCUCUCCAAAUUGACCCCAGUCCAAGCAGAUUACCUUGGUCUUGAGGUUGAGGGUCCAUACAAGGCAGAAAUGUACCGAUACUAGAUACCUCUCGCGUUUGCUUGCUACAUUACGGAGUUCCUUCUUUUCAUUUGUACAGGGGAUUUUCAACACGACUAAUGACGGCAUGAUAUCUGGGGAAAAAAGCAUUUUGUCCUUCAACGGCAUAUAAAGGUUUUCUCAGGGAUAAAAAGCAUUCAACAAAUGGGGUUGAAAUUUUACUUUCACAGCGAACGGCGUUUACUUGGCUCUUCAACCACGGUCAAGUAGAGCUUAGAGGUUGGUUGGUCUUUUGCGUGCGCAGAUCAGAAAGAUCGGAGAGAACAGUGCGCGUUCUUAGAUAUGAAAAUACUAGUGCGUUUCCUGCUUUUGCGGGCUAUCAUGUUGUGUUCCACCGCUCGCUGUGUCGUUGUCUUGAUGUAUUGAUGAUCCGAGCUUUGUACCAUAUUCUUUUAACGAACCCCGUAUAUGAGCGAGUGCUACGAAUGGAUUUGAUGCAACUGUCCCUCAAUCUCAGCA